AGGUGGUGGACAAAAAAAUCGGCUGUCAUUCCAAUCAGCUGUGUGAGGAGAGACCGAGAUGAGCGUUUUCUGCAUCCUGCAAAUUUAAACAACAGACAUGGGCCAUCUCCUGCUCCACCACCUGUAUUUCCUGCUGAUCAGCAUGCUGGCCUGCCAGUGUCCUACAGUCAGCGGGCUGUUUGAGUGGCUGAGGCAGACAGACAAUCCCCCAGCAGCAGCAGCACCUCCUUCACCUGCAGCAGCUCCGGCACUUCUUGCUAAGGAUGCUCAGUUUGAAAUUACCACUGCUGAUGAGAAGUUUUUGGCUGAGGCAAAACAACUGGAGCUCAGCCCUUUGGACAGCUGUCAUCACAGGGUGGUUGCCAGACUGAAGGCGAGCUGUGAAAGCCUCUCAGAGGAGCAGCUUGCGAAGCUCGGAGUCGUUCUGUUUAACUGCCAGGCAGAGAUUGAAGGGCGCCGGACCUACCCCUGCAUGGAGGAAAUGAGUUUAAAAGAGUGUACGGCAGACAUGGAUUCAGACACAUGGAACGCAUACCACAUAGUGAGCAACAGAGCGCGCUCUGUGUGCUAUGCGACUCGCCAGCAGCUCUUCCGUCGCAGAGCAGAGCACACCGUCAACGCUCUCAUCUCCACAGCCACCAGCCAGCUAGAUGCAAUGAAAGACCUGAAGGAAGGCCAGUUGGAGCUGAGGGAACUGACUGCAGCCUCGCUGGACAAGGUGCUCGAGGGCCACAGUGCCCUGCAGGCCCAACAGGGGAAGCUGCAUGAGGGCCAGGAGCAAAUGGAGAGUUCACUGAAGGACAACCUGAUGCGUCUGAGCCAGGAGAAGGCCCUCAUCGCCUCUGGACAGGAGCUGGUGGCCCAGCUCAUUCACGGCAUUACAAGGAGAAUGGAGAAUGUCAGUGAGAAUUUGCAGGUUCAAGGCUUGGAGGUGCAGGACAGUCACAAGGCGAUCGUUAAAGACCUGGCAGAUGUCAGACAUCAAGCUCAGGACAUCUACCAAAAAAUUGACCACAGUAUGUUAGAGUUUCUGCAGUACCAGGACCAGACCUCCCAGUACUACACUGACCUGAUGAACAAACUGGAGCGUAUGAACAGCACGCUGGGAGUCAUGCUGCACUACCUGGAUAACAUGCAGAGCCGCAUAGAGGAAAGGCUGCACAUGAUCCAGGGCUACCUUGGCUGGGCAGGUUUGAGCCUGACAGCCUUGUGGACAUGUAUCGCACAUACAGGCUAUCUCGUCCUGUGUGCUGUCAUGCUGACGUUUCUGCGAUGUCCGGGUUUCUCUCGUGCGAUGCUGCUGUUCACCGUGCCCAUGAACGCACUAGCUGAGAUCAACCAGCAGCCAGCGCUGGAUCUCACCAGCCUCAGCCUGCUGCUCCUCACUCUCUCUCUGGCUCACUGGUGUGUGAAUCAGCUGUGGGCGUGUUUCCAGCUCAGAGGAAAGCCGGCUGUCCCGCUGUCACUGGCCUCCUGUGAAAUAGUGGAGCAACAGAAGCCGGUUUCAUCCGGCCAUUCAUAUCCACCAUCCUCUACACCGCAGAGAGAUGAGAGGAACGGCUUCAUCCAAGACGACCUGCUGAAUCAGGACAGCUUCAUAUCAGGUGAUCUUGGCACGUCAGUCGUGUCUCCCUCUCACAGGAAACCGAUACCAGAGUCCAGAUUUAUGCCGAUAAUCGGCACACCGAGUCACUCCACUCCCAGACUGAUACCACAAGCAGUUCUGUCAGCGGCUCUGAUUGAUGAUAUCCCCCUGAGGAACCACGGAUGUGUUUUUGAUGCUGUGAACGACUCGCAUGAUUUUGUGAAUGACUCACGAAGUGCGAGUCCUACUCCGUCACUAGUCAGCAACAGCUCUCUGUCAGGUCGUCAGCUGUGCAACGGCGUCACAAAAACAGGGAAGGCUUGUAAGAAGAGAGCCGUACCAGGACAAGAAUACUGCCGAGUCCAUGAAGGGGGCCACAGCUCCUACCUUCACUCCUGAAAUGCACAACUUCCCCUCUUAGCAUUAGUUUUCUUUGGUAGAGGUCUUCCUCUGCAAAAAAAACAGUGAAUUGUUGUCGUGUCGUCACUUUAAGUUCUGCUUGCUUUGCU